CCGGCCGCCGCCCGCCCCGGCAUGGCCUACUCGAAGUGCUGCAGGGUGGCCAUGGUCUCCUGCCUGGUGCUCUGCGUCUCCCUCCUCCUGCCGCGGACCUUCUUGUCUCGGGGCGGCGGGAGGCAGGAGCCCGGGGCUGCCCCGCUCGCAGCGCCCGCGCCGCCCGAGGGGAAGCUUGGUCGCUUUCCACUGAGGAUGCAUUACCAGGCCACUCCUGACAGCCGAGCUGUGCCUCAUUUUCCAAGGUCUCACCUUGCUGAAGCAGUUGCCAAAGCCAAGGCAGGUGGAGGUGGUGGUGGAAGCACUGCUGGAACUGGAAGAGGUCUUGUGGGGCAGAUUAUCCCUAUAUAUGGAUUUGGCAUCUUCUUAUAUAUCCUGUACAUUUUAUUUAAGCUGGCAUCUAAGGGAAAAACUACUGCUGGAGAGCGGAAAAGCCCUACUGCUGCACCUGGAAACAUGAAGAGGAAAAUCACUGACUAUGAGCUCACCCAACUCCAGGAAAAACUGAGAGAGACAGAAGAAGCUAUGGAAAAAUUAAUCAACAGAGUAGGACCUAACUGUGACAGCAGGGCUCAAAAUGUUACAACAGACCAGGAAAAAAGGUUACUUCAGCAACUCCGAGAAAUUACUAGAGUUAUGAAAGAAGGAAAAUUCAUAGAUGGCACCUCUCCUGAAAAAGAAGCCGAAGAAGCUCCCUACAUGGAGGAUUGGGAAGGUUAUCCAGAAGAGACCUAUCCUAUCUAUGAUCAUUCUGAUUGCUUCAAGCACAAACAAGACACAAUCCUUGUAGAUUACCCUGACCUGAGCCAGCCUUCUGCAGAAGAACUGGCAGAAAGAAUGGAGGGCAUGGAAGAUGAGGAGCACCUGUGCAAGGAAACCCUGCUAGCUGAUCUCACUAUGGAAAGGGGAGAUGAUUUAAUGCAGAAAACUGAUGAGAUAACUGGUAUCUGUGAAGAGGAGAGGGACCUUCAUCCCAGCCAACACCUUGAGGAGUGCUGCUGUUGUUAUGAGGAUGAUGAUCCUGCUGUCAUAGCGGAGAACGCUGGGUUCUGCUCUGAGAGCUGCAGUGAAGCAGAAGAGUCAGCCCAAGAGGACUUGUCUGUGGAGUCAGAAAAUGAAAAUCCAGCACUGAAAAAGCAAAAAGCUGGUGAUUCAGAUGAAACAGGCACUCUGAGAAAGCGCAACACAAAAGGGCUUGAGUAAUAGAGACAAAAGUGGAUGUUACCUAGAUGGUGGAUGUAGAGGUCAUAAACUGUCAUUUAUGUGGGUUUUGUUCCUGAUGAAGACUUCUCUGUGUUCAUCAACUUGUACCAAUUUCAUCCCUGUGGUAACAACCAGUCACAUCAUCUUCCUGAACUGGAGGUGAAUGUCCUCUUUCAUGCAGUCUUGUCAUAGCUUACAUUGCCAACAGUGCUUUGUCCUUGUUUUAUGGACUGGUGUCUUGGAGCAGAUUAUUCAGUUCAGGUAUUUGGGAUUCUUUCUGAUUCUGAAGAAACAGUCCUUGGUUUUGUCCUUUGUCAUCCCAUAGUUAACCAAAUGUCUCUUCUGACUUUCUCAACAAUGCUACAAGUGCUACAAGUUAUGAGAGUUAUUCAAAUCCGUAUGUAUUUAUGAGAUGACCAGGAAGCUGGAGGAGCAAGGAAGCCUUCUUUCCCUUACCUGAAUGGUAACUGGACAGCAGAACAUAGUCACACAUGUGACUCUUUCACUUGUGUCAUUGCUGCUGUAAGCCUGAGAAACUGUUGUCACUACAUUCCACAAAAUGCAUAUGCUGCCCCAACCCACAGCCCAUUUCCCAGCUUUUUCCAUGCUGUGGGACCAGUUGCCUAAUCUAUGGUGUAUUCCAGGAAGAGUGUGAGCAAGACUGAAGUGUUAGGAGUCAUUCUUUGUCUUUGCCAUUGGCUGUGGUGAAAUGUCCUGGUGAAAGUCCCAAGGGUGUGCAGGAGUUGCACCAUACUUUGUGUUGGAGAAGAACACUAAAAAUAUCCCUGAGAUUUAAAACAAACAAACAAAAAAUCAUUGAGAAGGUUUGUCCUUCAAAGUAGAGAAGAGAGUGAGAGUGAACCUCAGAAUUAAAAGAAACCUGCCACCCCCAGGACCUCCCUCGGUGGCCUCCAAUAGACUCCAUGGGUGGGCCCAGCACAGCAGCCAAAAGGACACCAAUCCUUCUCCUCCCCUUUCCCUUGGGGCUCUGUGCAGAGGAGGUGGCACCUACCCAUGCUCCAGGGGCAGGACCAGGGAACACGGAAGAAGGAUCCACACAGUCUUUUCCAAUCAACAGUUCUUCUAGGAGAGCUGGGAGACCUUGUGCAGGCUGGCUGCCCCUCCCUUUCCCACUGGCUGGAUGUCUGGGUGCUUUGCCUCCUCUCAGACACUGUUGGGCAUGGGGGGAUGCACCAUUUGCAGGGAGCUGGGUCAGUGGGAGGUCACCCAACCCUCUUGGAACACCCUUGCCACCAUCUCAUCCAAAGGAGUCCAGACAAGGGAUGAGGAGGGGACUGGAGCCCAGGCACACAAAGGGAGGUGGAGGGCAGUGUGUCCCUGUGCCCAAGGAGCAGCAGAAGGGCACAGGGCAAUGAUCCCCAUAAAAGGGGCCCUCAGCCCCCUGAUCCAAUUCCUUCUCCUACAUGAGACCAUCUUUCAGGCCACAGGUGUCCUAACUCCCAGAACAGCUGUAUUUGGCCAUCCCCAUCACAGUGGCCUCCUGGUGUCACAAGCCACCUGGCUGCUGUUUGUUCUGGGCUCUAUAAAUACAGGAACUCUGACAGCUGGCCCACAAUUUGCUAAGCUUCAAGGCCCUUGACUUCCAAGGAUUCCUGGAAACAAGAGGUCCAAGAGCAAAGCGUAUGGCUGCCCAUUUUUGCGUGGGAGGAGAGAAGACACAUGGAUGCAGGUACCACAGAGGAAGAGGAAGCAAUGUGAGACAGGGGACAUAUGGCUGAUGGUGUGGGGCUCAUGGAGGUGGAUCUACCCACAGAUCAAGAAGAACCAAUGGAAGUGGAUCCACCUCCAGCAUAGCUCCCCUGGCAGCAGGGCUCUGUGCCAGGUUUCCCCUCCAUGACAUCACAGCAGCGGUGGGACAGGAGUGCCCAGUGUCACAGGAGCACCUGGCCCAGCUGCCACACCUGCUGUGAGCUGGGAAGCCCAGUCUGGCUGCCCUGCAGGCUCGUCUCUUCCAUCUCCUGGCAUCAGCAAUUAUUGUGUUGAUUGCCACAGAUGGUGUGAGCCCUUCUUUCCCACCCCCCAUCCCUCUCCCCUAUUUUAAAAAAAACCACACACAUCAAUAAACCAAGGAAAUAACAAUAA